CAAUGAAACAACCGUGUCUGACAAAACCACUCAGCAUUGAUGCAAAACCCGAUACACUACAUAAAAAAAAAAAAUGACAAAGAAUAUUUGAGUCCCCAGCUAAAUUGAAAUAAAUUUUUUGAUCGAGAAAUGAUGAACCAAUAAACUCACUUUCCAACGAAACGAGCAUUCGCUAAAAAAUACUAUCCACUAAAAAAGAUAAGUAAAAAAUAUAAAGUGUUAAUCUAAAAGAGCCAACUUUACGCGAUUGUCAAUGUGUCACUUUGACUAAUGUCACCCUAUGCUAAUCCCCGUGCUUCGAACGCUAUUUGUUUACAAAAAUGUAUUUCCCUUCUGUUUUUGGUUAAUCACAGCAUUUGUGAGUGUCAAACCCCCAACAAGUUUGUGCAAUAUGAUACAGUGAAUAAGAAAACCAUUUCCGAACUUUGUUGGAAAAUCAAUCAUGCUAAUAAGUAACCAGUUACAAGGAACACAUUGUUAAAUAACGUAAUGGAACUUAAAGUGUGGGUGGAGGGUAUUCAACGAAUCGUAUGCGGUGUCACCGAAUUAACGACCUGCCAGGAUGUUGUUUAUGCUCUUGCCCAUGCUACGGCUCAAACUGGUCGAUUCACAUUGAUCGAACGUUGGCGUUCCAAUGAACGACUGCUGGCACCCCAUGAGAACCCAGUCACAAUAUUGAUCAAAUGGGGAGAAUAUGCAUCCGAAGUCCAGUUCAUACUCCGUCGAUCUUCUCCACACAGCAACAAGACGCAGAAUAGCUCAGUAGUCGAAGGUACUCAGGGCAACCGAUUUAGUGGAAUGUCCGUACAUUCGAUUCAAGCUUCGACAGCUGGUCACUUGCACGAUGACGCAAAAUCUACCACACCAGUGGUGAAUGUAGAUGCUGGCCAGGGUAUUCAAGAACGUAACUGUGACAUUCGAAAAUCUUUGACUUUUAAUGGACUGCAUGGUAAUAAUGCUGAUAGUAAUGUUAAGACUCAGGUUGAAAAUAUCGCCAUUAUUCAACCUACUUUGCAAUCAAAAGCUAGAGUUUCUAGCAUACGAAAAUCUGCUCAUAAAAAUGUUCCAUCACCAACAGGUAUCCUCUCAAAUGACGGAAACGUAUACUUUUCACGCAAAAAAGUUCGAGAGUUGCCUCCUUACAGAGAUCCUCCAGGUCCAACAUCUCCGGUGAGGACCCUGCCACCAUAUCGAGAGCCACCACCACCUUCUUCAAACAGUCCCAGUCGAUUACAGUAUCAAGGAGAGACGAAUAAUUCCAGUUCACCUCAUCAUAAAAAUAAUCAAUCAUCACCCAGAAAUUCAAUGAAAAUAAAGCGAAAUCUCAACCAGGAACUUCAAGAAACUAACGAUUCUUCGCAGUCGAGUUAUCCAGCUGAUCAACAAACGUGUAUGGUGACGGUAGCCUAUACACAACGAUACGUUGAACUCAUUCGACUAGUCAACAGGCAACGUGAUACGAUCAACGCUCAGCAAGCAGAUCUUACCAAGUUCGAUGCGGAAAUUCUAUACUGGGAAACUAAAAGCCGUGAGCAGUCUCACCAGAUGGAUUUUAUUUCACAAGAAGUAAACCGGAUGGAAACAAGUGGUCGUAUGAUCGAGGAACAUUUAAAAGAAUUGGCACACACGGAAGAGGAAAGUGAAAUAGUUCGACAACAAGAAAAAACUUUGAAAUCCGAAAUUACACUUUUACGAUCGAAGCUUGCCAACUGUGAAACCGAGUUGCUACAAUGCAAGAAUAAGAUGAGGCUCGUUAUAGAAGAAUUGGCGUUGGAGCAACACGAUGUGAAUCGCGAAUUGGAUGAACGACAAAUUAUGGAACGCAAGAUGAUAGGGGAAUUAGAACGGCUACAGGAAGAGGUCGAGCAUGCUAAACAAUCGGCAGAAUUAUCGAGUCAGUGCGCAGAAGUAUUAAAGUUCGAAGUCAGUAGUCUCGAGGUUAUUAUCAGUGAAAAGAAAAUGCAAGUUGAGCGUUUGGUAGCCGAUAUGAAAGAAGCCAAUUUGCAAAGUCUUGCUGCUGCAUCCCAAGAUGAUCCAGCCAAAUAUUUACUGGAAGGUAUACAAAAACCGGGCAGUAUGCGAAAAAUCAUCGGCUCUCCAAGACAAUUGGAGACAGCGGUUCCAACGAGCAAAAAUCCGCAUGGUGUCUGGGUUUAAAUUCAGAGUGAUCUGUCACUCACCCUAACAAUCGUGGCAAUCGUUUUAUCGCGUUGUACUGUUACGAAAAUACCCAAACUCGCCAUAAUAAUCAGCAGUAAUGUUUCAUCACUUAAAAAUAAUAGAGAAUAUUUGUUUUAAUUUAAAGGAUAUACGAUUUUAUAUGAGUUCACUAAUAAAUACUGCAAAAAGUCAACAUGUCGAUUGCUAUUGUUGAUGUUAGCUUUAUGAAUGUUCAAAAUAUCAGUUUAGACGGCACUUGGAUCGUAAUUUUGAAGUAUUCACAAAUUACCGACGUUUCACGAAAAUUUCAGUGAUUUAUGGACUCUCGGUGACUCUCCGUUAUAUUUUUAGCAUCCUUCGUUGUUCCUGACAUGAAUAUUCAAGAUCCGGUAGACUUUGCGUAGCUCUUUAUAUAAUUUCAAACGAAAAUGUUACUAAUGUGAAGUUUAUUGUGCACAUUUAUGUAAUUUUUUCAAAUACCCGUGUCAGCAACGUUCGAUGUUAGUAAUCGAUUAAGUAUAAUUCGUUAAAAAUGCUUCUUCACAUUGGAUUGUUACGUUCCAUAGCUCGAUUGUUUAUUUACACCGUGUACGUGCACAUAUACCUUUGAUCUAAGUGUGAUAUGUAGAGUAGAAUUUAAACAAAAAUUGUAAAUAUUUAUUUACAUUUGUGUUCACUGAGCUAGGAUUCAUUGCUUUUUAUGAUAUAAAAUCAAAAUUUUAAUUAAUAUUUAAUGAAAUCUGGUCACCAAACUCGAUUUGUGAGAGUUCGCAGAUUCAAUACUUUACAGGUAAUUUUGGAUUAAAAAUAAAUAAAAAAAACGUCAUUUUGUUUGCAUUUACAGCGGAGUGUCAAUUUUUUUCGAGAAUUUAAUGAACACUUCGAUCAUUAUAUUCACUCUCAAUGUCUCUUCGGAACGUCUGUCAUGUUUUCGUAAAAUGUACAAUAUCUUUUAACGACAUUGGGAUUACACACCCGAAUACUUUAUAUUUGUUGCAAUAGAUAAAACUUUGUAAUACGUACCAUGACAUUUAUAUAAACCAAAAAAACGGAUGUUUUCUAUAGAUUCAUAAACUGGAUGACCAACGGAAUUGAUAGUACAUAAACGAAAUGAGAAAUAAAUACGCAGGGACACGUUUCUACUAUAUUAUUUAUUUGCAAACUUCAAUACUUCUGUACGUGUAUAUUUUCAAUAAAAAAAUGAAGAUACAAUUA